UGCCAGUAGUACCUACAGCCGAGAAUCCUACGCUAAAUGUUCACUAUUGCGAAUGGCAAUCAGAGGAUGAAGAUGACAUGGACGUUUACGUUGCGGGAGGCACCACACCCGCCAGAAGAGGGAGACCUAAGCGCAAGCCUGAGAGUAGCUUGGGUGGAUCGAAUCGUGUACCUAAAAUUAGGAGAGCUGUUAACCCGGUGGAACCAGUGGAGAUGAAUACCCAACCUAUGAAAGAGGAGGAGCGGUCGGAUGGAGAACUGUAUGAGAACCCAUGGGAAAACAUGCAGAGUCCGGCAAUAUAUAUGACGACCCUUGAGGAAAUACCUACCCGUGAUGGAGACCAUGACGAACGUCGAAACGACGAAGGAACCCCGAAGCAGAACGUUGACAUCCGCCUAACGAAGGAAGAACUGGAAGAAGCCACGAUAUUCUUUGAAAAAGAGAAGGACCUUUUCGCGAAGGAUAUCACGGAGUUAACUCAAACUGAUGUCAUUCACCAU